UUUCGCCAGCUCUACCAUUCGUGAAAGCCCAUCCACCCGUUUACACAAAAUUUUGCUUGUUUUAAACUUAAUUUUUAUAUUUGAUAUUAAAAUAACACAAAUAACUACAUAAAAACACAGAGUAAAGUGCAUAAAAGUGUGUGUCGAAAAAAGACCGAAAACCGAAGAGAAAACCAGAAAAAUUUGUGCCUGUAGUUGUUGUGUGUUCGUGUACGAUUAAAAAGGAUAAAUAAACAUCGUUGCAGAUUGGUAACGAGCAAAAAGGAAUUAUAAAAUUAUGCAAUGAUGGAUUUACACAUUUUAAUCGUAAUUGCCUGUGUAUUUCUGGCAUCUCUGUUUUCUUUGCUAUUCAUCAAUAAAUUCCUUCGCCGCAAGACCUUUGAAGAAAUCAUUGCUGAGAAGAAAGCGCUAACGGAAAAGAUAUAUGGCAAAGAGAAAAACACUAACAAAAAACCGAAAAAGAUAUCUUUAAAAAAGGAAAUGAAACGCGAAAAAAAACAGCGACUGAAAGAACAGCAAGAGGACUCGGAUGGACAAUCGGAACAACCCUCAGUUGAAGAUGAGCCUCAAGGCCUAUCGAAAACACACGUUGAAUUCGAACCAGAUGCAGAAAUUGUUACAUACAAUAAUCAAACAGCUUCCAGACGUUCCAGCAAUGCCGAAAAAGAGAAUAUCAAUAAACAGAUCAAAGGUAAAAAGGAUAGGAAAGGCAAUUAUCGUAGUGGUAUUUUAAUGCACAAAAAUGAUGCAGCCAAUACAAAAGAAAUUGCGGCAAAUGAACCGGCGAUUCCAACUAAUCAUUUCGAUAUCAAGACUCCAAAGGACGCUGUGGAGUUGAAAAAAUCCGAAAAGAAAGAAGAAAAAAUACAACAGCAAAAUAAAAAAGAGAAGGGUGCCAAAAAAGCAGAUAAUCGUCAGACAUCUGAAAAAAUAGUGGCAAGCGAAAGCAGCCAGACAGUUAAUGAAGCUGUUGUUGCGGUGGUCAAAGAAGUUAAACAACUUGAGGAGAAAGUUCGCCAAAAUUCUCCCAAAACAAAUCAGCAGAAAAAUAAACAACAGAAUAGGAAACAAAAAGAUUCUAAAGAUAUUGUGGCAGGCCUUGAAAAAUUAUCGGAAUCGGACACAAUUGGGGUAUCAUUGCUUAUGAAUCUGUUUCGCCGCGCCGAGCUAAAUCGAUCAGAAAUUCAAAUUUUAAUUGAUUACCUAUUGAAUCGGCAACAGGACAUGCCGUCGUCCCAUUCAGAAUGGUCCGAUGAUAUAUGCCAGAAGCUUAAGCGACAGUUAGAGGAAAAAGAAAAGGCAUUGGCAGAAGAGCAGGAAGCCUCCAUUGGCAUACAAGCGAAAUUAAGGGAACUUCGUACUGAAAUUAAUACUGAACGAGCUUCCAUGAGUAGUACUAUAAAAUCCUACGUCGAAAAAUUGCAAACUAGAGAUCAAGAUAUUGCACUUUUGGAGCAAAAGAUUAAAACCUUAAAUGACACUUUGGCACUAGAGCGCCAACAAUUCCAAGCAAAGCUUAUGCAUGAGAAACAAUCUGGAUCCCAAGAUAUUAUGGCCCAGCUGCAAAUAAUGCAAAACGAGAUAGCUCGUAAAGAUAAAUGUAUUUCCGAACUAACUUGUGUUGUGAACGCCUCCCGCCAGGCGGUUGAGGAGUCCCAACAGAAAAAUGAUAUCAUUCAAAAUCAGACACAACAGUUGCUUGUUUUGGAACAACAGCGCGAUGAGUUGGAGCAAAUGUCCAAUAAUACAGUUUUUGAACGAGAAAGAGCCAAUCAAUUGGAGACGGAAUUAAACGAACUAAAAUUGGCCCUAGGUUUAGCCAAUGAAAAGCUCAGGUCGGAUCUGAAUCAGUUUAAUGCAGAAAAAGAAGCCUUAAUGAAAGAACUAUCAUUGUUGCGAACAAAGGAUUUUGCCGAAAAACAACAAGAGUUGGAAGCCCUGCAAAAGAAAAAUGCAGAUUUAACACAACAACUUCAUAGCAUUUCCAGUAAGACUCACGAACAAUCAAAGGAACAAAGUGAUUUGCAAGUAACCAUUAAUGCGCUUCAGCAACAGUUGGUCGACCGACAACGUCAACUGGAUGCGUCUGACGCAAUCAAAUCGCAAUUGCAAAAGCAAAUAUCUACUAUGGAAGCCGAGAUUAAACACAAAUCGUAUGUGCAAGCUGAGCUUCAAACGAUUGUCGAAAGUCUCAAAAAUGAUGUAAAGUCUAAAAACAAUGCACUGCAAGACAACGAACAGCAGGUGCAACAUCAACAGGAGCUUCAGAGAACGCUUGAAGCACUAAAAGUUGAAAUAAAGAAAAAAGAUCAGCAAUUGCUGGACAAUGAAAAACACAAUCAACAACAAGACUUACAGAAAAUCGUUGAUUCGCUUCAAGAAGAUCUUAGUAAGAAGGAUGGUCAGCUGAAAGAAGCUGAAAAACAUUCGGAACUUUUAGAUAGUCGCGAAAAAGAGCUAAUGCAGCAAUUGCAGGAACAAAAAGAGAAAAAUAAUGAUUUGCGCUCUAAAAACUGGAAGUUGGUUGAGGCUUUGCAAAAUUCUGAAGCAAAAGUUAGUAAACAAAGCCAAAAUGUAAUUUUAGGUGUUCAAGAGGAAAAACUCUUAUCUGCCGCUGGCAAGACAGGAAAGACUGUUUAUUCUGAUGCUGGUGCAAAGGAUCAAAAACACAUGCGUGAUCUAUUCCAGCGAUUGUGUCCGGAGGCAGUCAAAGCUUGUGCCGGCACAGCACUGACUGUUCCAUUUGAUCAAUGGGCUGAGCAGGUGUUAUUAACCUACAUAAAACAGCAACAAGUUAGCAGUAGUCACAAAUCUACACAAUCAUCUAACUCACAUAGCCCUUCCAUUAAUCAACACUCCCAUGCCAAUGGCAGCCGGAGUAGCAGUUCCAGCAUAAGUAGCAGCCCUGGAGGUGACAUCAAUGACAUGGAUAGGUCUGAGUUACUUAAAGAGAAUUCUAUCCUGCGCAUUCAAAUCGACGAGUUGACAAAACUCGCCAGAAAAACUGAAAACACAUUGUCCGACCUGAUGCAGAAAGCUGAAGAGCAAGAAGAACAUUGGCGCAGUGUUGUGCGUUCUAAAGAUGAGCAAAUCAAUACGUUACAAUACAAUUCUAAUGGUCAGCAAGGCAUUUAAUGUCUGUCUCAGUUUCAUAUUGGAAAGAACUUAUAAAAAUUAAGCACUAAAGUAGUAUGCAAUAAAGAUACAUAAAUAAUUCAAUUAUGAUUAUAUUAUAACAACAUAAACAACCAAAAUAAUCUGAAAAACUAAA